AUGCUUAAUUUACUUGGAAAAAUAUACAAAAACGAGCCAAAGUCGCUUUUAAUUUUUCGACUUUUGGUUAUUGUCACAUCCAUAGGAUUAUUCAUUGCGAUACUUGUUGUAUUAUCCAUUGAAAUGCAUAAUGAAAAUCCUAAUAUUAGUACGGCCUUCGCCACAACUAAUAGAUUGCCAUUGCCAAAUAUCUAUUUUUCUCACGAACGUAACUUUACCAUCGAAUGUUAUCUGACGAAUAACACUGAUACCGAACAAACUGUUAAUGAUUGUAGCAACUAUAUCAAUAAAACUAUAUAUGAUGCUUCUCAACUUCCUCUUCCCUACAGUGGGGCAUUUUUACCAAAUUACGAUGUAACACCUAGAACGGGAAUAAUAAUGAUUGAACUCAGCAUAUUUAUCAUGGAUCCAGCAUAUAACAAAUCCAAUCAAAAUAAUUCCUUGUUUAUGUCUGCAUUUGAUAAAGAUAAAAUAAAUGAUUUAGAAUAUGAUCCCUAUUUCCGUGAUCCAUCAACAUUAACAUUUACCCCGUUUGAAGAAUCACUUUAUUGGAAAAAUAUAUAUUAUUUAUCACAACCUAUAAGUGAAAGACUUGGCUUAAUCUCACCAUGGGGUUUUGCACAAAGAUUGAAACCAUUCAGAAAUCAAUAUGAAAAAAACCUCUUACCAUUUACGAUGGAUUCACAAUCUGAUGAACUCGAUACCGAAGAAAAAUCUGAUAUCAAAGAGGAUGAAAAUGCCUUAAUACUAAAACGACUCGAUAACUUGGAAAAAUCUCUUCAAUUCUAUAAAGAAUACGUUCUUGAUACUUCAUUUCUACCUUCUGUUAAAAAGAAUGCGUCUCUUGCUAUUGAAAAAUAA